AUGAAAGUUAUACUGAUCGGAGCUGGCAUAUCAAGUGCCUUGAUAUCACUUUUACUUCGCCGGCAAUUCGGCCCCGGAAUUAAACUUGUCGUAUUUGAUAAAGGCAGAAGUAUUGGUGGCCGAAUGACGACGAGCUAUGAUAGCGAAGACAAUCCCCACUGUUCUGUUGAUACGGGCGCUCAAUACUUAACAUCAACGAAAUCAAAUGGUGUAACAGCAAAAUUCUUUCAACAACUUAUCGAUGAUCAUGUUAUCGAACCACUGGACAAAACAAACACGAUUGGAAUACGCGAAAACGCUGACAAAGUUGACUAUGUUGCACCGCGUGGAAUAUCAUUUGUAGUGCGACAUGUUUUCGAACAAGCAGUGGCAGAAAUGAAUCUUUCUAAACAUAUAACCAAGAUUGAUUUCAGUUCUGAAAAUGAUAAAUUGCUAGUAUCUACAAAUGAUCGACAGCUAGACGAAGCGGACGCAGUGAUUGUUACUAUACCCGUGCCGCAGAUACUCUCUCAAUUAAAAGGUUCUAUCGCUGAACUGAUAGAUCGAAAUCAAGAAGCGAAAGAGAAGCUCGCUCAAGUAAAAUAUUCGACUCGCUUUGCUGUUGGUCUUUUUUAUCCUCCGUCGAUAACAACUCUAAACAUUCCCUGGCGCAUUUAUUACGUUGACAAAAACGAUAAUGAAUACCUUCGCUUUCUUGCGGUUGACAAUGCCAAGCGAAAUAACAAUGAACCACCGUUUUCAUUGAUCGCUCAUACAAGUGUAGAAUUUGGUGCCAAGCAUAUUGACGACGAUAAAAUGAUCAUAGGAGAAGAAAUUAAGGAGAAGAUUUUCCAGUUUCUACCGCAACUACCACGUCAAAUCAGUAGUACAAAGUAUCACAAAUGGAAGUAUUCACAAGUAACUCAAUCUUAUCCAGAUAAAUCUGGUUAUGUUUUACUCAACGAGCAACCAUUAUUGAUGCUAGCUGGUGAUAGCUUCGCUGCGGAGUCUAAUUUCGAAGCGUGCAUCGAAGCAGCAAUUGAAGCUGUAAAGAAGAUUCGCGAACUGUCUUCUUAA